AUGCUCAGCCGGUGGCUGGGUCUGGUGUGGGCGGUAGGGGUCUACGACCAGUUCCUGCAGGGCAGAUGCCGCUUCCUGCUGCUCCUGCUGCUCGUCAAGGAGGACCUCGUGGCAAUGGGAUCCGAGGCGGCUUCAUACGAGGACAGGGCGGACGAGGAGGGGAUCAUGAAUAUCGAGGUCGUGGAAGAGGGGCCGCAGGUAGUGGAUAUCGAGGGGUGGGACGAGGAGUCGCGGGUUCUGGGAUGCCAAGCCGUGCACGACCAGGGGCACGUGGUCAUCAACGAGGUGGCCGAGGAGGUGAUGUUGGAAGCCAGAAUCGAGGACGAGGUGUAA